UUAACGUUUAGCCCACCUACUUGGCAGUAGUGACCUGAACCAAUUUGAGUUCCUUUGGGGUAGCGGAGUCAGAAAAGGGGGGAAAAACUACUUUUCCAUUCAGCGCUGCUUAUAAGUUGGGUCAAAGAGUUUUUUCUAGUUAUAUAUGUUCCUGGUAUUUAUUGUUAGUUUAAUCUGUGAGCCAGCAGCAGAAAGGCUAGCUGGUGUUGUGUUUGUUGCUGAGGUGGCUAAGCAGGGCUGUAGGGAUUGGACUGGCUAGCUGGGCUAACCUUCGGUUUCUAAAAAAAUAUAAACGAGUAAAACUUUUUUUUUUUGAGAUAUUUCGCCUGAAAAGACAAACAUGAGGAUCACAGUGGAUUUUGAGGAAUGUCUGAGAGACUCUCCCAGAUUCAGGGCCACCAUUGAGGAGGUGGAGGGAGAUGUGUGUGAGCUGGAAUCCAAAUUAGACAAGUUGGUGAAGCUGUGCAUUGGGAUGAUCGAUGCUGGAAAGGCCUAUGUCUCGGCCAACAAGCAGUUUGUGAACGGUAUCCGUGAGUUAGCACAGCAGUCGGCUGAAGAUGAGGUCAUUGAGUCGAGUCUGAUGAAGUUUGCUGAGAGUUUGCAGGAGAUGACCAACUAUCACACAAUUUUAUUUGACCAGGCUCAGCGCUCGAUUAAAUCACAACUUCAGAUGUUUGUGAAAGAGGACCUGCGCAGGUUCAAAGAGUCAAAGAAGCAGUUUGAUAAAGUGAGUGAGGAAAAGGAGACAGCAUUGAUCAAGAAUGCUCAGGCUCCCAGAAAUAAACAACAUGAGGUGGAAGAAGCUAACGGCAUCCUUAAUGCUACACGCAAAUGCUUCCGACAUAUUGUUCUGGAUUAUGUCCUCCAGAUUAAUCUUUUGCAGUCUAAGAGACAAUCAGAAAUUCUCAAAUCGAUGCUGUCCUUCAUGUAUGCCCAUCUGACCUUCUUCCACCAAGGUUAUGACCUGUUCAGUGAACUUCACCCACUAAUGAAGCAACUCGGGGGGCAGUUGGAGCAGUUGAUGAUUGAUGAAGCAAAGGAUAAGAGGGACAUGGUAACUAAGCACUCCACUAUUCGGCAAAAGGAUUAUUGGAAUGAUGACACCAAGCUGGAGUACAAUGUAGAUGCUGAGAAUGGGAUCAUUAUGGAGGGUUAUCUGUUCAAGAGGGCCAGUAACGCUUUCAAAACAUGGAACAGACGCUGGUUCUCAAUCCAGAACAAUCAGCUAGUGUAUCAGAAGAAGUUUAAGGAUAACCCAACAGUGGUGGUGGAAGAUCUGAGGUUGUGCACAGUUAAACACUGCGAGGACAUUGAACGCCGCUUCUGCUUUGAGGUGGUUUCGCCCACAAAGAACUGUAUGAUGCAGGCUGAUUCUGAAAAGCUUAAGCAGGCAUGGAUCAGAGCAAUGCAGAACAGCAUUGCUACGGCCUUCAGAGACAGAUCAGAUGACUCAGAGAAAUUGGAAAGGAAGUCAUCGCCGUCCACAGGAAGUUUGGAGUCAGACCCCAGGGAGAAAAGUCUAAAAGGAGAAGGUGCUUUACAGAAGGUCAUGGCCAUUGCAGGAAACAACACAUGUUGCGAUUGUGGCCAGCCUGAGCCCAAAUGGGCCAGCAUUAACCUGGGGAUCACACUGUGCAUUCAGUGUUCUGGCAUCCACAGGAGCUUAGGAGUUCAUUUCUCCAAGGUGAGAUCGCUGACUCUGGACACCUGGGAGCCAGAACUGCUGAAGUUGAUGUGUGAGCUUGGAAACCAUGUCAUAAAUCAGAUUUAUGAAGCUCGCCGUGAAGAGCUUGGGGCACGGAAACCACAACCAGGAGACUCAAGGCAAGAUGUGGAGUCGUACAUCAGAGCCAAGUAUGUUGAUCGGCGAUUCAUCAGAAUGCCAUCAGAUGAGGAGUUGAAGUUGAAGAUCAUGGCUUUAAGUGUAGAGCAGAAACGACUUAGUGACCCCUGUGAACCACAACCACAAGAAACACAACAUACACAAUUACAGAAAACGCAACCAGCUUCCAGAGCUCUAGCUGUGAGUGGCCUUGAAGGUUCCAGUGAAUCUCUCUUCUGUCCUGCUGAAUUAGAUUCUCUCUUCUCGUACUUUGAUGCAUCUGGCAAGCGCAGUAUGAAAAGUGCUGACACUGGCAGCACUACCAAAGCUGAAGGAAGCCCUUCGGGCCUAAACACCAGCCAGAAUCAUGCAGAAGUAGAUGAGUCUCAGGCCUCCACAUGUAGCAGUAAGGAGAAGCUGGUUUUCUCCGAACCAAAGCAGUUCUGUCCCAGUUUACAACUGUAUUGGGCCUCAUUUACACGCAGUCUUCCUGACAUGGCUGAAGCUCUUGCACAUGGGGCAAAGGUCAACUUCAUCAACACUGAGGAAGAGAAGAGAUCGCCACUAAUAAUGGCAGUACAUGGAGGCUCUCUGGUCACAUGUGAGUUUCUGCUCCAGAAUUCAGCCAGUGUGAAUCAGUGCGACAGUCAGGGCAGAGGACCUCUACACCACGCCACCAUACUUGGACACACUGGCCAAGUGUGUUUAUUCCUGAAGCGUGGAGCCAAUCAGAAUGCAACAGAUAUUGAAGACAAAACACCACUCUCCAUUGCAGUGGAGGCAGCUAAUGCAGACAUUGUAACGCUACUGAGACUGGCCAAGAUGAAUGAAGAGAUGCGAGAGUCAGAGGGACCAUACACAGGGCUCACAGGUCAAUAUUCCUCUAACAGUCCCACUGAGAUUCAAUACAGGAAGUGUAUUGAAGAAUUUAUUUUCUUACAGCUUGGAGACUCUUAACAGUGUUAAUAUACAUUUCACCCAAGUGACAUUCUGAGUUCGUAAUUAAUUUUCAGCAGUCCUCACAGUAGUGCAGCUUUAAAUCACAGGUUUAUAUUACAAAUGCUGUAAUCCUUUCUGGAAAACACGUUAAUGUUUGAUAUCAUAAGCCAAACAAAUGUGCCUGCUUCCAACUCACAGACACUCAUUGCGAAAGCCACCAGUUAUACUUGGAGACAUGAAUAAAUCCAUUGUACUUAUUGCAUUAACAAACUCCAUCAGUGAUAAUCAGUAACUAGACGUAAAGUUAGCACCGUUCUGAGUUAAUAUAAAAACACAAGCCACCACCUCAAGCCUUACCAAACAGACCUGUGUUUCUUUAGGUGCAAAACUGUCUUUCAUAAAUUUGUCACUAAGUCACAUCCUGGUAAAAACAAAGACAGAGCAGUCCCUAGACUCACACUAAGUAGUUCGCUGCACUGAACUUGGAUAUAGUUCAGUUUGUUUUAUAGGCUACGUUUACACUGUCAGUUAAAUGUGACCCAAUUCCGUUUUUUUGCUCAUAUGUGACACAUAUCGGGUAUGUUCUAUGUCCAUGUAAACAGGAAAAAAACGCAUGCAUUCCGAUAUUUUUAAAUCGGUUUCAGGCCUCCUUCAUAUGUGGAAAUAAAUAAGAUAUAAAUCAGAUAUGUGCUAAUGUAAUUGUCGUGUAAACAGACAGAUCGGAUUUCCUGAGUCAUUGUGUUCUGUGUGUCAUUAAAACUACAACUUCUUCGCAGUUUAAUGACAUAAUGUUUGGUGGAAGCGCGUGUGGAAUUAACAUCGCAGGUGACAUGGAAAAGGAAAAGCAUCCAGCCCCCCAAUUCCCCUUAUAUAAUUCCCCUGACUAAUAAGAAGUCAGUAUUUGGUGAAUGAAGCAUAUGCACAGGCUGCAAUUAUGCCGUUCUUUUUCUCCUCCUCGUUUUAAAACCGUGGUGAUGUUUCGCAAACUUUGCAUAUAUCGCAUACUUCACCUUCGUCUAUCUUGGCUAGUGUGUAGCGCAAGAACCUCCUUUAAGUUUGCGCGAUGUUUCAGAUGACAUGGCAUGUGUAAACACAUGUAUCGGAUAUGAGUCAUAGUUGAAAGAACGUGUAAACAGACCGUCAAAAAAUCAGAUAUAGGCAACGAAUCAGAAUUGGGCAUCGAGACCUGCAGUGUAAACGUAGCCAUAGAGAGCAGGAUGGAUGGGAGAGCUGGUUUGCUUUAGCCUAGCACAGACGCCCACCUGUUUGCUGCGCUUGCAACUACUCCAGACACUGGCAUCCGGUGACACUGAGGGCUGGUUCCUUCAGCAGUCGCCAUCAUCGACAUGAACACUGUUACAUGUUUAUACUGAUUUUUCCAAAAUUAUAAUAAGGAGAUGAGUGUACAGUAGGUUUGCAAGGAAUCAGAUAAGCUACAGUACUUGUAAUAAACAAAGCUCCCUACCAGUGUUGAGUUAAAGGAUAAAAUCUUUUUAAAUUUUAUCUCUUUGUCCUUAUUUUAUCUUAAGUUAUCUUGGGAUUUCCUUAAAUAUAAAUUAAGAUGCAUAUGCAUUAACUACAUUAUACAAUUGAACACAAAUUCAAAUUCUUUUAUUUUUGUGAAGCUGCUUUGAGACAAUGACCAUUGUUAAAAGCGCUAUAUAAAUAAACUUGAACUGAAUUAUAUUUAGUUAUUUGGCAUUACAAUAGGUCUUAAAGUUUGUCACACUGAAUGCGAGUACAAUGCAAGUAAUCAGGGCCAUUUUCACAGCAAAAGUGCAUUCCAACUUCACUCGUAUGAAGCUUCUGCAAGUUCGCUAAGCUAAAUCGAGUUAUCUUUCAAAGUAAAGGUAUAGUUAGUACAAAUGUAACUCUUUUCUUUUCCCAGAAAUAGCUCUAUGGCUAGUUCAAGUGAAUGAAAAAUAGUUCAAUUUGAAACUUUGAAAAAUACCAGAAAAAACAUGGAAGAUACUAAAACGCGUUGUUCUAAUCUUCACCUCUUUAGCCAUUUAUUUGUCUUUAUAAUAACAAGGGGACUGAAACUGUAUCCGUGAUGUUACUAUGUGCUGGAUAUUCGCUCACUUACACAGCCCAGUGAAGGUGGCUCUAGUGUCAGUUUUGUGACACUAGAUAAAGAGAUAAAGCUAUGACAAUUUUUUUUUAAUAUAAUGAGGACAGGGGUGGUCACUUUGCAGUCACAACAGGGAGAAAAUCUAAUUAGCUUGUCCAAUACAAAAAAUGGAAAAAGAAAAAAAAAGAAAUGUAUUUUUUUUUAGUGUUUUGUAUACACACACUAGUUCCCAUUUAAAAUUUAAUCUUUAACUAACACACUUUAAUUUAGAACAAAUUCUAAUAAUUAAAAUAGUUGUUCAGUUUAACUAAAACUCUCCACCAUUGAAGCAGGUGUUCAGACAAGUUGAAUGAAUUUGAUCUAAAAUGGAGUCUGUGUCAGCUCAAGCGCACACUGGCAUUACCAAAGGGGACAAUUACAAAGAACGCUUGUAAUUGCAAAUUAUAAUAUGUAAUGAAAAUUGAGUAUUAAAUUUGAAAAGAAUGUAAAACAGACGUGUUUCCAGUAGUGCUCUGAGACUUAUGAACUCCACUCUAGUGUUUGUGUAAAUGCAACACUGAUGUAUUGCUGGCAGUUUGCAGGCACAUUAUAUAUUGUAAAACGUUAUUGUAAUAUUGUAUUUUUGUCUAAUCACCCACUCCUACUUAGUCCUCAGUGUGUUAGUGCAGCGCAUAAGUAUGUGACGCAAUGCUAGUUUGUUUUACAGCCCCUUUCACAUGGCGCUAUAUAGCCCUCAAUUCAUUAUAAACUGACAAAAUAUCUUGUCUUUAUUUAGUUAAGAAGUUAGACUGAUUGUUAUGUUGCUGUAAAGUCUGUAAAGAGAAAACACAUCGGAAACCGAGUUGAUGAAUACAGUCAGUAAUAUUGGUCAAAACAUUCCUAAGUUGAUUUACUUAGAGCUGCAACUAUUUAUAGAUCUUGAUUUAUAUGUAUUUUAUAUACUGUACGUUCAAAUUUGGUGUGUAGAAUUUUAGCUGUAAAUCUGCAGUUUUAUUAUUUUGUUACUUUUCCAGUUUGAUCAGUACGAAAGACACACCACACAGUGUUUAAUUAUAUCUGCAAUGAUUGUGAAACCUAAUUAUUUUAUAUAUUUAUUUAUUUAUUUUUUUAUGCCAAGUGAGCUUUGAAAACUUUGUCGUGAAAUAUUAAUGUAUAUAUAAAACUAAAUUAUUUAGUUUAUUUUUAGGAAUAUUUAAAACAGUUGAAUGUAUAU